AUGGCCAAAAUAGUACAGUCACAGAUGAAGGCAAUUGAAGGCAAAAUCCAAGACAAUAAGAGGUCAGCACCAGAUGACUGCAAAGAUAAUAAAAGAUCGAGAACUGAGCUACGACAAGAGAAAGGUGAUCGACCACCAGGAAGGGGUGACCAUCGAUCAGAAAGAAGUGAGAGGGCAAGCAGCCUCGAGUUCACACCCCUUAACACCACCAGGUCACAGAUCCUCAUGCAGAUGCAAGACCGUGUCCUACUCAAAUGGCCACGACCUAUGUUGGUAGGACCUGAGAACCGUAGCACUAAUAGGUACUAUCUCUUCCACAAGGACUACGGGCAUGACACGGAGGAAUGCUACCAACUGAAGAGAGAAAUAGAGAACCUUGUGAAAGUCGGAAGCCUAGACAAGUACGUGAAGGGAAGGCACAAUGGUCGUUCGGGCCAAGGAGAUCGAGAUCGAGGUCAAGAUUGGGAGAGAGAAGAACCCAGGAGAGAAGAAAGGAGAGCGGAUCGAGAUAGAGAAAGGGACCGCACUGACGAGAGAAGAGAUGCACCAGAACCAAGUGGCACCAAGGGAGCCCCCAUCCUCACCAUACUUGGAGGAUCGGGGCAAGAGUCAACAAGGAAAGCCAAAGCUCAUGCCAGGUUCAUGGGAGUAGUAGAGAAGCCAAGCAAAAUAGCAAAUACCGAGACGGUGAUCUCCUUCUCGGAUGCAGACUUGGAAGGCGCAAGCUUUAAGCAUGAGGACGCCCUGGUAGUGCAAGUGGAGAUAGCCAACCGCCCAGUACACAGGGUGCUGAUAGACACAGGGGCAUCUGUGGAUGUACUCUCACUAGAAGCCUACCGCCAAUUCGGGUUCGGAGAUGAUCAGCUCAAGCCAGAGGCUACCUACCUCCAUGGAUUCUCGGGCGCCACAGCCCCCAUUAGAGGCACUAUAGAGCUACUCGUUACCUUUGGGGAAUACCUCGAUAGGUGA